GUUUAAGUAUUCGAGUCAGUGUGGGCCUCAUCACAGUAAGUGAGAGGUGGCUGGGUUUCAUGUGUAUAGUGUUUUAGUGCCGUGUUUUUUUACGAUUCCUGGUUGCUGCUAAACAAAGAAGCAAUGAAGCUAGUAAUCCUGCUAGCGCUGACGGGGUUGUGUGUCGGUCUCCCACACCAUGACUUCGAUGCGGCAGAAAUAAUGCUAGCUAGCUUGUCGGAAAGUCAGCUAGACCAGCUUCUAGCAGAGAAGCUGGAAGAGCUCCAAGUAAGCAUUCUGGAUUCCUAUAAAGAACAUCUCCGGGCGCAUGAAAAUACACUCCAGCAACUACAUCGUAGUCGCCGUGAUUUGCCCCAACGUCCCGUCAUCCCAGCUGACUAUUGGCAUGGUUACGUCUUUGGAACUCUUCCCACAAGAGAAAGGACGGUAGUUGACGGCGUGACCGUUAGCCUGGUCCACAACAUAAAUACCAUCCAGGAAGUUUAUCCAAUCGAUCUUCCUAGUACAAGGGCAAUUUACAAGAAUGGCUUGGGCCACGGAUACAUCUAUAAAGACGGGAAAAUGAAGCUACUUAAUGUCCGUAAUGUGUGGACAAAGUCGCUGUCUGGAUGUCCCUGUGGAACCGACUUGUCAGAUACGAGCUGUGCCUGCUGUACGGAAGGUGGAAGACUUUGCUCCCCUAGUGAAGGUCUCCAGGGUAACGUUUGUGUUGGAGGCGAAGGGGAACUUGCCUUGGAGUGCACCCAGUCAGGUAUCCGACCUCUUACACUUGAUGCAGCAGUGGCCUUUGAUUACCAUGCUGAAGGACUUCCACACCCCCAAAGCCACCGAGAAGUAAUAAUAACGGCAGAAAAAGAGAUGGUUACUUUCUACAAAAUGGACCAACAUGGUCUUCAAGAGUUGCAUACUCAGAAAGGUCACAACCAUAUAAAUGUUGGUGAAGUAGUCUCCCACUUGGGCUUGGGAGAGAUCUAUACAGAAGAGUUUGGGGUACUUGUCAAAAAGCGUUACAUGUUUUUCUUUGGUGAAAAGGAGGAAAGUAAAGUGUACUUCCCGAUUGUAGUGAACAGUACCACUGACAACUUGCAAACUGGCCUGUUAACACCUUGGGAAGAUCAUGGUUCAGAUAUGAAAGUCUGGCAAAAUGGUGCCCAAGUAGUAAUGGGAGUUCUGAACGGAACUAACCUGCACAUACACAAUCUGUUGACUGACCGAUGGGGAAGACAACAGCUUGUCUUCCUUCAAAGUUUGGAGCUUCCAAGUGAUGUGAUGUACUGGAAGAGUUAUUCAUCAGGAUUUGAUAGAUUUCUGCUUGCUGUGACUCCAAACUUUGCAAGUGUAUAUAUUCAGAAGGAAGGACUCUACAAGCAUUUGCAGGACUUGAUGGCUGAUAGUCUUGGAUCUUUCAAAGACAUUGUACCCCUCCAGAUACCAUCUUGCAAAGAUGAUGUGAUUCUAGUGACGGGUUCAGGAACAACUGUAGUUAUCUUUGUGUGGAACAAUUUUGGUGGACUGUACUAUAAGGCCAAUGAGACCACCAUAUCGGAGAACAUCAUUGGGUGGGAGCGAAGCUUUGGAUCUGUGGAAGUUGCAACGACUGAAACUCCAACUGUGCUAGUGCAAUCUGCAGCAGGUGUAGCUGCAAUAAAGGUAACCUCCAGCCUCCAUGACAUAUUGGAUAAAGAGGUACAAACCAGUCAGAAAUUGCAACAGGCAAAGACCUACAUAGAGAGCGAGUACACAAGACAGACUACAGUCAUGUCCACAAUGCAGAACAGAGUGGAUAAUGCUGUAGAUGUACAAACUACAACCUUGUUAUCUGGAGACUACAUAAUGAACAAGAUUAUUGUGGAUGGGACCUUGGUAACCAACAACUUGGAAGCUGUUGAUUUAACUUUUCCAAGCACAGACUUUGCUUCUGGUGUAUCGUAUGACGACUACAAAGCACGUCUUGCCAACAUUGGUAGCUCGUUCACCUGGCUUGGUAAUCUAAAUACAACAAUGAUCCAAUACUCUGCAACAUUGGAGGAUGCAGUUAAGGUUUCUGGGGUUAACCAGAAGAUAACUGGAAUAAAGGAAGUUGUAAAUGGCUUAACUGUAAGUAACCUUGCAACCACUGAGGUGUCUGUUCAGAAAGUGAUGGAUAAGAAUGACCAAGAGUUCCCUCUAACUGAAUAUCUAGAAGGCUUAAUAAGUUUCAGUGAUGCCCGCAAAAUAACUGGAAAGAAGACCUUUUUAACUAGCCUUGAUGUUACAAGCCUCUUGACUCCUUCCCUGGAUGACAUUCAAGUUAGUGACAUUGCAACCACAACAGGACAAUAUAACAUUAUGGGUACUGUAAGCUUCCCCACACUGAAUGCUGCUAACGUAAUCCUCCCAGCCAAUGGACUAGUUGGUGGUAUUGAUCUAACUAAUGCAGUGUUGUUGAGUGGACCAGCCAAUUUAGGUUAUGUUGUCUUCAACAAGAACUUGAGUGUAGUACAAGACUUGAAUAUAGGUAGUAAUGAAAUGGAUGGAGUAGUAAUUGACAACUUGUACAGGAAUGCACUAACAAGAGCAGGUGGAGAAAUAAAAGGACCACUUGCUUUCACUAAUGAUGUGACGGCAAAGUCCCUAACUGCUUCGUUGCUAUCUGGUGUUAGUUCCUCCGACUUCUUGACCUUUACGGUUUUCAAGGAUGAGGCUAGUCAGCUGACAGGCAGGAUAAAGUUGCCAACACUUACAGCCAAAGCCUUGCAAGUUGAUGGCAAUGUCAAUGGCAGGGCUUUCCCAGCUGACUUGCCCCUUAAGACUGAUUCUGCUUUGAAUCUGGGUACAAAAACAUUCAAUCAUCUGACUUGUCAAGAUCUUACAGUUGACAAUGGUGUAACUGUUAAUGGUGUUCAGUUUAACAAAUUGGUUACACUUCACAGACCUCAAAUAAUUACUGGAAAUAUUAGUCUUUGCAGAAUCUGUAAACAUACUAGGAAGUCUAGAAGUUUCUACUGGUAUUGUGAAAGGCAUUGACUUCAAUGAACUAAA